GACAGAUUAAAAACAGAAAUGGUUAUCAAAAUAGAAAAUUAAGCGUUUUUAUUUACUCAUAAAUAUCUUAAUAAUAUACUCAUCAAUUUUACAAUGUCUGUGAAUAUAUCGGUAGAAGCACCUAUUGAAAAUCAAAUUCAAGAAAUAACGUACGAUGGAACGGAAAUAUACCAACCUCCCUUGACCUUAUCCGAAAGCCUUGCUAAGUAUGCUCAAAAAAUAGACUUCAGCAAGACUGAAUUGGAAAUAAAAAAGGAAGAAUUAAAUGAAGAUUCCAAAUCCGAUACAGACAGCAAAGAGGCUUUUCAAUCGUCCUUAUGGCCCUGGGAUUCAGUUAGAAAUAAACUAAGAAAUGCCCUUCAGGAAGUAUGCGUAUUGGCAGAUGUAUUAGCUAUUGCCAAAGACAAAAGGUAUUUGGUACUAGAUCCUGUUCAGCAGGAAACAUUGGAGACAAAGCCAAUGGUUCAGAUAUAUGCCAGGAAAAAAGCACUGGCAGGGGCAGCUAGCGUCUUACUAGCGGGAUCGGAAAAAAUGAAAAAUUCUCAGACUGAAGCCGCAAGAAGUCGUACUACAUUAGAUUUUCACAUUGAACUUCUUCGAUUAAGGCAGAAUUGGAGAUUGAAGAAGGUUUCUAACACGAUUAUAGGCGACUUGAGUUAUCGUACGACAGGUUCUAAAUAUUUACAAACCGGUACAUUUGAAGUUACAAAAGCCGAGGAUGAAGAAAAAACGAAUAGUCCACCGAGCAGUCCUCUUCCCGGAAGCACCGCAUCUGCCAAGCCUACCAGCGCUCUGAGAGUAUCCAUACCAUCUGAGUUGCAAGGUGUAGCUUACAUCGAGGUACUUUGUCAAAAAGAUCAAGAGGAUCUUUGUACUGCCAAUUUAACGCUUCUUGGAUCUGGAGCACCUCCUACGAAUCCAGAUAUGCACUGGCAACAGAAAUUAGAAGCGGCCCAAAAUGUGUUAUUUUGCAAGGAGCUAUUUAAUCAGUUAGCCAAAGAGGCUGUGCAAUUACAAGCCCCAGUUCCGCACAUGGUGGUUGGAAAUCAAAUUAUGGCGACCGUUUUACCAGGUAUUCAACUUAUUAUAGCUUUAAGGCAUUCAACAUCGAGCGAUAAGAAACAACAAAACCCUCCGCCGUCUAAAAGCGACCAUGAUCACGUUCUAGAACAUUCCCUGCACCAAUUAUUAAGAGAAGUACAUCAUAAAAAUACUCACCAUCCUUUCCCUCAUCCAGCUACUGGACCAUUAGGACCUUCAAAAAAAAGAAUGUUAGCAGGUCCAAUGGCUGCAGAUCGAUACGAGCUAUUAGAAAUGACAAAAACUCAGACACUUCUGGAACAAAUCGUCCAGCAAGCCCAGCAUUUCAUAAUGCGAAUGCGUACAGAGUAUGUAUUGGAUACAAUUGCUAAGGAAGUUAAAGAUCCUCUUAUAACAUCUCAUUGGAAUACAUUAAAUAGUCCAACACAGUCUUGCGUUAAGAUACACAUCUCUACACACGGCUACGACGCCGUUUGUCGCACGCCCUUGAUAAUCCACGUGGGCGAGAAAAGUUUAAAGUGCAUUUGCCGAGAUGGAAAAGUGAUGAACAUGAGUUACGAGCCGCAGGAGUUGAGAGAUUUAAUUUUCUGUCACAUUAAUCAGCACCAGAUUUUGGCCGUGCAGGCUUUGGCGAAGACGAUGGGUUGGCAAGCGCUAGGCAACUCCAAUCACUUAGGUACGGGAACUGUGGAACCGCUGGGAAACGCCAGUUCCUGUCUUCUGUCGUCCCCUACCGGCGACAGGAUUAUAGCGGUACGAUGCGAACCAUCUACCGAUACUCAAGUGUCCGUGGCGCAUUCUCCGAGACAGGACUUCUUCCCGAGCCGUUUGGUAACUGAGAGAAAAUGGGAGCACUUGGGAGGACAGUUCAGAGAUGUACGUUUGGAUAAAAUGGAAGGGAGGAAUUUCUUACAUAAAAUGGAGCUGUUGAUGGCCAGUUUGACUAGUAGUUCUUAAGGAUAAAUGAAUUUUGUUGCAAUAAAAUGGGGAAGUAUAUUGGCCCUUAUUCAGCGCCACGCUUUAAAUUUGAAUAUGGCUUUAGAGGGUCACUUUAACGGAAACAAAGUCCCUAGUUACUCCAUAACAACAAAAUAAAACUGUCAAGUUAGAGACAAGACUUUAAAGUUAAAGUGGGGCGCUAAAUACGGGCUAUUAAGUAUUCAAAAAAAUCAGUUUCUUGACUAAACUGUGAGUAAUGAAGGUUUAAACUUUAAAAAAGCAUUUUCAAGAAUUAAUAAUAUAUAUCCGCCUCAAUGUUCUCUAUGUAAAUACCCUAUUAUUGGUAGUUUACAAUUUCUGUUAAAUGAAUUUGUAUCAGAACUUGAUAUAAUGCAACAAAAUCUAAUAGGUAAGUAACUUAUUUUUAG